AUGGACGGACAUACUCCCAUCCCAGCCACGAUGAAGGCCGUUGUUGUCCAGAAGGGAAAGAAGGCCGUUGUGCAGGACCACCCGGUCCCCACCCUCGGCGACGAUGACAUCCUCGUGAAGGUUGUCGCUGUCGCACAAAAUCCGGCAGACUGGAGAUUCGUCGACGUUGUGCAGAAUGCGGGGACGGUCCUCGGGUGCGACUGGUCUGGGCACGUCGUGCAGCAGGGCAAGAACGUCACAUUUCCGGAGCUCGGCAUGCACGUCGCCGGUUUCGCGAUGGGAGGUACUUAUGUCGACGGCGGCGCGUACUCGGAGUACGUCAAGACCCCCGCGGUGCUUGCGUGGAUCGUUCCGGAGGGGACUCUGAGCCAUGAACAGGCUGCAACCGUCAGCGUGGGGCUUUUCACGGCAGUACAAUGCUUGUACCAUCCACAGCGUCUAGCGCUCGUAGAGCCACCGGAGAAGGCGGACGGCACCGAAUGGGUAUUCGUGCAUGGGGGAAGUUCUUCGGUGGGCCAAUAUACCAUUCAGCUUGCACGCCUCUCAGGAUACAAGGUUGUCACGACUGCGUCUCCCAAAAACUUCGACCUCGUCAAGGCUCUGGGGGCAGAUGCGGUGUAUGACUACAAGAGCGCCGACGUCGUCGACGCCAUAAAAAAGGUGACGGAAAAUGGCGUGCGCUAUGCGGUUGACACUCAGAGCACGAAGGAGACCCAAGAGCUCUGUGCACGCUGCAUGGGAGCCAACGGAGGGAAGCUCAUCCUAAUGUUCCCGCCGACGUUCAAGGCUAAGAAGCUCCGCAAAGACGUGGAAUUCAUCCACACUUUGUUGUAUACCGCGUUCGGCCGCCCUUUUUCGCUCGGUCCGCAGGCGAAGUACGCCGUGCAGCCCAAUGACAAGGCGCAAAUCGCGGCAUUCAUGAAGAAGAUGCCCCAGCUCCUGCGCGAUGAUUGUAUCGUGACGAAUCGCAUAAAGCUGUGGGAGGGCGGGCUGCAGGCGAUACCCGAAGGUUUGCAGUACAUGAGGGAAGGGAAAGUUAGUGCGGAGAAGAUCGUUUACCAUUUGUGA